AGGUGGGCAAUAGAGACGGAAGUGUCUCCCCACUGGCCCAGCUGUCAGCUAGAAGAGAGAAUGAGAAGACCAUUUACACCGGCUGCUUAGGAAAGCCAGAAAAAGGGAAAACGCUAAAAAAAUAUGGCAACAUCUUAACGAUAAGGUCAUGACGGCGAACUGAAGGAUAAAGAAGACGGUGAAAGCGGAGAAAAAAAAAAAACCUACCGGGCGUCCUAAAUGGGGGACUACGGCUUUGGAGUUCUCGUGAAGAACGGCAGUGGCAGCAAAUCUGCUUUCCCCGUCAGGAUCCCUCCUCACCUCCAGCCACAGCACCUCCAGCACUCCUCCAACCCCCCCAGCCCCCCUCCCUUUGUAAACAACGCCUGCUCCACCAAUGGGGGCAGCGCUUGGCUCUUUCCCUCCGUAGCCCAGCACGGUAACAUGCAAGAUGAGAUUCUGGAGUUGGACAAGUCCAAGGCCUUGGAGCUCCAGGACAUGCAGGAGAAGUCCCAAGUCCAGGCCCAGCCUCAGACUCUGUCUCCGGGCCAGCAGGAGGUCGGAGGAGGCCUGACGGAGCUCGAGGGAGCUCAUCCUGACGAUGGCCCCUUGGAGAAGGGUUCCCUGGAGAGCGGCGUUGGGAAGGAGAAGUUAAGAAUCGAGUCUCCGGUUCUGAGCACCUUCGACUACCAGGACAACCUUGGGAUGGCCACCAGCUGUGCACAGUCCACCUCGUCCCCGUCGUCGCUGACCAGCUUUAACAACUGGUCCCCCGCUGUCCCAUCCAACCAGUCCCCUGUGGUCGGCGAAGACGUCGGCGCCUUCUUCGGUCCCGCCGGCUCCAACACCAACGGCCCGCCGCUCCUGUUCCAGAACUUCUCUCACCACGCCGGCUUCGGCGUGGGCGGGAGUUUUUCGCCGCAGAUCGGACCAGUCACCCAGCACCACCCCCCCGCCCCCCAUCCUCAUGGUCAAGGGGUUCCUCAGCAGCACCGCCGCUCCCCAGCUAGCCCUCAUCAGCCCCAGCCUUCCUUCCCGCCGCACCCGCACCGCGCCGGGCCCUUCCCCCAGCUGCCCCACCUCGCUCCCGCUCAAAGCAAGCCCCCCUCUCCGUGGGGGAGCUACCAGAGCCUGUCCACUCCGACGUCCACCUCCUGGAGUCCAGGCGGCUACAGCGGCUGGGGAGGCACCCAGGGGGUACGGGAGUACCGGCGGGGCGUCGGGGGAGGGGUGACUGGCCUCAACUCCUACUCCCCUUUGAAGAAAUCCUUCCCCAACAACCAGAUUCCCUCGCAGAAGUUCCCCAGGAAUACCUCUGGCAUCAAUCACAAGGGCUGGGUGGAGGACAGCAUGAACCGCAAUGACGGCGUCUAUUCUUUCCAGCAGGAGAGAACGCGGCCUUUUGAUGGUUUCAACAUGCACUCUCUGGAGAACUCCCUGAUUGACAUUAUGAGGGCUGAACAGGAUUCCUUAAAAGGCCGCUACACAUUCCCACAUCAGGGUGGAGAUGUGCCCCUACCUUUGAAUGCAAGAACUUAUGGCAGAAGACGAGGCCAUUCGUCUCUGUUCCCCAUGGAGGAUGAGCGUUCCUUUGGAGAGGAAGAGUCCGGCGACCAGGGGCUCGCCGGCCUCGGCUCCGCCCACUGUUUCCCACACCUCAAUGGCGAACGCGUAGAGCGUUAUUCCCGCAAGGUGUUCGUCGGAGGGCUACCCCCAGACAUAGACGAAGACGAAAUCACUGCCAGUUUCCGCCGAUUUGGCCAUCUCUUUGUAGAUUGGCCCCACAAGGCAGAGAGCAAGUCUUAUUUUCCACCAAAAGGAUAUGCAUUCCUGCUGUUUCAAGAUGAGAGCUCUGUCCAGGCAUUGAUUGACGCCUGCAUUCAGGAGGAUGGUAAACUUUACCUGUGCGUCUCCAGCCCCACCAUCAAAGACAAGCCGGUCCAGAUUCGGCCCUGGAACCUUAAUGAUAGUGACUUUGUAAUGGAUGGCUCUCAGCCGCUGGACCCAAGGAAGACCAUCUUUGUAGGGGGUGUACCUCGUCCGCUACGUGCAGUUGAGCUCGCCAUGAUCAUGGAUCGCCUUUAUGGGGGAGUGUGUUACGCGGGGAUCGAUACAGAUCCCGAACUCAAGUACCCAAAAGGCGCAGGGAGAGUGGCCUUCUCCAAUCAGCAAAGCUACAUCGCAGCCAUCAGUGCCCGAUUUGUUCAACUGCAACACGGGGAGAUUGAUAAACGGGUGGAAGUGAAGCCAUAUGUUUUGGACGACCAGCUGUGCGACGAGUGCCAGGGCACGCGCUGCGGGGGGAAGUUUGCUCCUUUCUUCUGCGCCAAUGUGACCUGCCUGCAGUACUACUGCGAGUACUGCUGGGCAGCCAUCCACUCCAGGGCCGGACGCGAGUUCCACAAGCCGCUGGUGAAGGAGGGAGGGGACCGACCGCGACACAUCUCCUUCCGUUGGAACUAAGGCUAGAGGGAGGGAGCAACGCAUGAUGGAGGGAGGG